GUCGCAGUCGAUUUCGGGCGAGCAUGGGUAAAGCACGUGUUCUUUCUGCGAUAACGCGAACCCCAUACAACAAAACUGAUCGCGCCUCGAGCAACAACCGUGCCAUUGAUUAUUACACCACCAAUAAGACCUUCGGUACUGCUGCCAACAUCAGCAGUUGUAUUAUCCAAAAAUCCAGCUGCCUCAGAAGAUCCGUAAGAUCAAGGGAUCUCUUCAGCAGUUUUCCGUGCCGCCCUAUCGAUGCCGAUUACAGCAGCUUCCACCCAUUUUCAUCAAUAACGAUGGCCCAUCGGCGGCCCGUUUGUCUCCUCGGCCUUUUCCUGGUCAUCGCUGCUUUUUGUGACCAAAUCAAGGCCGAGGUCUUCACCAACAGUUUUUUGGUAAAGAUGCGCGAACCGGCCGAUCGACAUGUAGCUGAUUUGGUUGCAUCCCGAAACGGUUUCGUCAAUCUGGGACCGGUUUUGGGUAGCCAAACCGAAUUUCAUUUCGUACAUAGAGCCCUUCCUCAUGCACGGAGCAAAAGGUCCGUGCCUCACAUGAGAAAGUUAAAAGUGGAUCCUCUGAUUCAUACAGCCGUACAACAGUCAGGGUUCAAACGAGUCAAAAGGGGCUACAAAGCACUGAGUGUUGACAAAUUAGUGCCGUUGUAUCAAAUCAAGGAUCCUUCGAAUCCUGCUAGUCGGGAUCCGACAGAUCCAUAUUUUCAGUAUCAGUGGUACCUGAAAAAUACCGGGCAAAAUGGGGGAAAACCGAAAUUGGAUUUAAAUGUCGAAGCUGCUUGGGCACAGGGAGUAACUGGAAAAAAUGUAACGACAGCUAUCAUGGACGAUGGUGUUGAUUACAUGCAUCCGGACCUAAAGUUUAACUACAAUGCUGCAGCUUCUUAUGAUUUCAGUAGUAACGAUCCUUAUCCUUAUCCACGUUAUACAGAUGAUUGGUUCAACAGUCAUGGAACAAGAUGUGCGGGUGAGGUGGCAGCUGCAAGAGACAAUGGCGUUUGUGGUGUUGGUGUGGCUUAUGAUUCGAAAAUUGCUGGUAUCAGAAUGCUCGAUCAGCCAUAUAUGACUGAUUUAAUUGAAGCCAACAGUAUGGGGCAUGAGCCGAAUUUGAUAGAUAUAUACAGCGCGUCGUGGGGGCCAACUGAUGAUGGAAAAACUGUUGAUGGCCCUAGAAAUGCUACGAUGAGAGCUAUCGUUCGUGGAGUGAAUGAGGGGAGAAAUGGUCUUGGUAACAUUUAUGUGUGGGCUUCUGGUGAUGGAGGUGAAGAGGACGAUUGCAACUGUGAUGGCUAUGCUGCGAGCAUGUGGACUAUCAGCAUAAAUAGUGCAAUCAAUGACGGUCAAAACGCGCAUUACGAUGAGAGCUGUUCAAGUACUCUGGCUUCGACCUUCAGCAAUGGGGCUAAGGAUCCUAAUACUGGAGUGGCUACAACCGACCUUUAUGGAAAAUGUACAACAACCCACAGCGGAACAUCUGCAGCAGCACCUGAGGCUGCUGGAGUAUUUGCUCUUGCUCUCGAAGCUAACCCUCAGCUAAGCUGGAGAGACAUUCAACAUCUGACUGUCUUGACAUCAAAAAGAAAUUCUCUUUUUGACGCUAAGGGGAGAUUUCAUUGGACAAUGAAUGGUGUCGGGUUGGAAUUUAACCAUCUCUUUGGUUAUGGGGUUUUAGAUGCUGGAGCAAUGGUCGCUCUCGCUAAAAAGUGGAAAACCGUACCACCAAGGUAUCAUUGUGAAGCCGGAGCAGUUUUAGAACCAAUGGAAAUCCCCAGCGAGAGAUCCAUUUUAUUUAAAAUAAAAACAGACGCUUGUGCGGGCACCGAAUUCGCUGUGAAUUAUUUGGAACAUGUACAGGCAGUUAUUUCAGUAAAUGCGACUCGUCGAGGGGAUGUCGAAUUAUUUUUGACUUCUCCAAUGGGAACAAGGUCUAUGAUUUUAAGCAGAAGAGUUAACGAUGAUGACCAUAGGGAUGGAUUUACCAAGUGGCCCUUUAUGACAACUCAUACCUGGGGAGAAUAUCCCCAAGGAAAUUGGCUACUGGAGGUCAGCUUUAAUUCUCCAAGUCCUCAACAAGGUUGGUUCAAAGAAUGGACUCUGAUGCUCCAUGGAACAAGAGAUCCACCUUACACCGGAUUACCAGCGGCUGAUCCUCACUCCAAAUUAGCCAUAGUAAAAAAAGCCCAUGAAGAACGUCUAACGGCGGUUUAAAUUCGCUGGCGAACUGAGGAAGGAAGGAAGGAACUUUCAAAACCGAUCAGCUUUUCUCAAAAUCAUCAAAUUCUCAACACCGAUUACAUCCUGGGAGGAUCUAUAUAGAGCCACAUAGAGGCUCGUUUAAAGAAGUCCUUUUUGGACAUCCACAUAGAAACCACUUCAAAUUCUGUUUUUAAUUCCAUAUGAAGUAGAUCUUAGAAGCAUCCACAUAGAUCCAUGCAGAAAAAUUCUGUACGGAAAUCCAUAUAAAUAAUUACAGCAAAAGGAACGCUUUUGGAAAUCCAUUCAGAAACCAUCUCAAAUUCUAAUUGGAAAUCCAUAUAGAAUACAUCAUUAGGACAUCCGUCUGGAUACUUCUAGAUUUUCUAUGUAUCAAAUUUUCCCUAAGUGACAUUACCAAUAGAAACCAUCAGGAUCAAAUAUUUAUAGAAAUUUUAUGUGGAUCUGUAAAAUAUUUAAUGGAGGGCAGUUUAGAUUGGAUUUAAAGUUAUUAAUUUAAAAGAUGCACCAUCUUUCCUUCCAAACUCUAGAAUCGCCAAAAGUAGCAACCUUUUCUGGGAACAAUGAUCUAUAUUUUCAACGGUUUUUAUCAUUUUAAGCUAAAUAUCAUUUACUGACAAUAUAUUUGUUGAUAAAGAAAACGCUCCAAUAUUGUUUAGGUAUCAAAUAGUUUCUAAUUACAAGAUCACUCGGACAUGAAAUUGUGAGAAACAUGAAAUCAUAUUUUUGUAUCGAGUUUUGAGACCCUUAUUCGAAAAUUGCUAUAGGUGAAAAAUGUAAUUAAUUGAGGAACAAAGUAAAGGAAAUUAUUAGAUUUUCCUAUUUGGUGACUUAUACUGAACUAAGGGUGUCUCAACUCGGAUUACAACGAGGAUAUCAGUAUUAGAGAUCAAUAUAAUUGUUAUUGUGGUAAUUGUGGUAAUUGUGGUCUACUAUUGUACGAAUAACUUUGUAAAUCUUACUAUACGAGAAAGAUAAUUCAUUAUGAUUAUUCUCUUCGUAAAAGCGAAAUUAUUGCGCAUCUUAAUCUUAUAAUAAGCAAUAGGGGGUUUAAUCAUAAGAAAACGUGCUCGAAAAGUGGAACGCGGGAUCUGUCCUCUUUUCGUUCUCAGUUUUUCCUAAGGCGGUUUAGUUUCUUCAAUUUUGUAGCUGUGCUACAAGAAGUGGAUGGUACAAUUUAUGAUUUAGAUUAAACUGUAAUUGAGAUAAAAGUAAAACGAGUUUCUCGUAAGUAUUUGCAAUAUGAGCAUAACUUUGUUGAUUUACCUAUCAAAAGUGACGCUACAAAUUUACGUACUUAAUUUUAAGAAGACAUUCAAUGUGAAGUUUGAUAUUGUUUAUAUAUUUACUCAUAUAAUUUAUUAAGUUACUGUCGUAUUUACAUAUUUAUAAAAUGUUAUUCCUGAUUCUUUUUCGAAGAAUUUUACAUUUAUUUAUGAAUGUUAUGCCAGGUGAUUGUGAAAACAGAUUAGAUUUUCCCGUCAUUCAUUAUUGAUAAUAAUGUUUGACUACUGAAAAAAUUACUUUUUAUUUAUUUUAUAAACUGUGAGUUAUCGGACGGGAUUAUCUUAACUGUGCUUACGAGUAGAUGAAAAAAAAGAAAUGAACAAGUCAAGAUGUAGAUAUUAUCCUAGAGCGAGUAGUAAUUGAGAAUCUGAAAAGAAAUUACAUGUACAACUACAUAUUAAUCUGUAAUUAAUCGAAUUAUACAUAUAUACGUGAAGAUUGAAGAUGGAUUUUGAUCAACUUUAUUCUGUACAAGUGUGUGAAUAAAGUCU